UUAAGGCCCGUGAGUCCAUGGCAAUUAGUCGGUUUUGGUAGGCAAAAGUGUCAAGUCGUUGUGUCGGGGAUAAUAAAAGUGAGUGACCGGGUUUCAAGUCCGAGUGCGAAGUUUGGCACAUGUAAUCGGUUAUCGUCAAGGGACCAGUCUAUUAUACCAGCCAGUGGCUUGGAGUUGUUUUGCUUGAACGCAAAUCUAUGUACAUUGGCUUGGUAUUUCAGAGAUCAGUGACUCCGAGUGAGAGAGAACGACCAAAAAUCAGUGAUUAAGUGGCAGCGUAAAAGAAAAGUACUACGCGAAUCCAAAUCAAACUUCCCUGCCAUCCAGCGAGUAAUGCGAACGCGUAUUGGUCUACAGCAAAAUGGGAGGUGAUGACAAACUGAAUAAGACCAUUUCGAGGGAUAUGGAAACCAAGAAUGGCACAAAUAAUUUGACAAAACUUAUAAUUCCGGACAGCACACAAAAAUAUCAGGUGCAACCAGUGCAACAGAUUAAUCCCGCCAAGAAGAAGAAAAAGAAGAGACGCGAUAAAAGUGACGUGGGCGAUAACUUUGUGGCACCCGAUGGAGGUUGGGGUUGGUUGGUGGCCAUAGCCAGUGGUGUUAAUAUUCUGGUAACAUUUGCCAUGGCUCAACAAUUUGGCAUUAUAUUCCGACAACACAUGAACAAUUUGGGAAUUUCCAGUUCGCAGCUAACAACCAUCAUUAAUACCCAAGUCGCUGUAUCUGCAAUAACAGGCCUGCUGAAUGGACCUCUUUUCCGAAGAUUCACCUAUAGACAGGUGGCUUUGGUGGGGUCUUUUUUGACUUUUAUAGGACUUUUCGCCUGUGUCUUUGCCGAGUCUUUCCUUUUCUACGUUUUGUCGUUUUCCAUAUGUUAUGGAUUUGGCAGAGGUCUAACUGUUUCAGCUUCAUCAUUGGCUGUGAACACAUUUUUCAAAGAGAGAAGGCGCACCGCGACCGCCUAUCAGUUUGGCGUUGCCGGUCUUGGACCCAUUGUCCUACCCUACUUAGCCACUUUCCUAUUGCAAAGUUUUGGCGUAAGACACACAGUUCUUUGCUUUGCUGGUCUUUCUCUGAACACCAUUGCCUGCUCGCUGGUCUAUCAACCUGUUAGAUGGCAUGUCAAAAAGAAGGAAAAUGAUCCGGAAUCCAGCAAGAAAUUGACAAGCUUGGAUGAUGAUGACGACAUAAUUACUCAUCCGGUAGAACCGGAAACUCCAGUCUUGCCCCGGGCCAAUGAUGGUUGGUUUGGUUCCAAAACUUCCUUAAAUAAUCUUUCGUAUCGAAAUCGUCUGAGUACCUGGGAAAAACAGCAGCAGGAUCAGAAGCUAAGCGCCAACGGAGAACAAGGUGUGGAGCUAAAACGCCUAAACAGUCAUAACAACAAUAAUGACGGAGGUAGUAAGGUGCGCAGUUUCUCGUUGAGCCACAGUAUUAAGGAGGAGGGGGACUAUGAACAUGAGAAUGGUGAUCACUAUAAUCAACAGAUGCAACACAAGCCCGAUGACAAUUUGAAGAAACCCCCCAAAGACGAAGAUGAGGAUGACGAGGAAGAGGCUCGUAAGAAAAUGUCCUUUUUAAUGAAGAUUGUGGUGUUCUUCGAUUUGGAUUUACUGCGCGACAUCACAUACCUCAAUCUGGCUAUGGGUCUGACAUUGAUCAAUUUUGUCGAAAUUAACUUUGCAAUUCUCACACCAUUUAUUCUCUCUGACUUUGGUUUCGACAGUGCUCAGAUAGCCAUGGCCAUGUCCUUGCUGGGAUUUUGUGAUUUGGUCGUACGCUUCCUAGUGCCGCUUAUCACAGCCAAAAUUAAUCUGAGCAACGAGGCCUUCUUUGGCAUUGGAAUUAUGGGCAUGUGCAUAGGACGUUUCAUUUUGUCGUGCACCACCAACUUCUAUGUAAUGAUUGGCUCGUUUGCCUGGAUGGGAUUGAAUAAAGCCUUCCGCACAGUAUUCUGGUCACUUAUCAUUCCAGGUUAUGUGCCGCUUAAAAGGCUACCAGCUGCCGCAGGCCUACAGCUUCUGCUCUCUGGCCUCUUCUCCAUGGCCUGUGGACCUCUAAUUGGACUGAUACGAGAUCAAACCAGCUAUGCCUUCACGUUGAACUUCCUUAACAUGCUGUGUGUGGUGGCCCUUUCACUGUGGCUGCUAGAAUCCUUGAUACGCAAGUAUCGCACCAAGUCAAAGCCAGUCACCGAUGAGCCCAACUGAUAGAACUCUUUGACGCUGCAAUCGUUGCCCCUUUUGCCAAAAGUCUUACCUUCAAGCCCCAAUUGUAGUUAGUUAAUGUUAAUUAUAGUUCUUUGUUGGCUAUGUAAAUAUGUAGUUAGUUUUACACAAAUCUGUACAUUUUAGUGCAUUUAUUUUUAUAAAAAGGAAAACACAACAAUUGUUAUUUAAUUGCAAAACUCACUUGCGAUUCGCCUUCUCAGAAAUGUUACCGGGCGAAUGAAGAAAAUUUCAUUUUCCAUUUCGAGUAUUAUUUUGGACGCCUAAAGUUGGACAUCCCGAAGAGAAGUGACUGUUUCUUCUCAGAUUUAGGUGCCAAAUCUAAACUGCCAUAAUGCUACCUGACCAAGACUUGUUUACCAAUACGAUAUGUAUUUGGGCUCGUAAUAAAAUAAGAAAUUAGUAAAAGA